AUGCUGCCUCCUUCACCAAAUUACAAACUCAAUAUAGACGGCUCUUAUGAUCCACUAACUCACAAGGGAGGCAUUGGGGGGGUCAUCCGUAACCACCAAGGUCAUUGGAUUUUUGGCUACUCAAAACCCCUGUAUAACACCACAGUACUCCAGGCAGAACUACUUGCCCUCCUUCAUGGUUUACAACUUGCUACUGCAAAAAGACUACUACCACUCACGGUGGAAUCCGACUCACAGAUCAACCACAUCUACCGGGAGGGUAAUACUGUUGCAGAUGCUCUAGCACUUUAUGGGAAGAAAUUGUGCCUCUCGUAG